AUGUUACGCAUAGUAUUAUUAAGUUUAAUAUUAUUGGUAUCAUUAUCAUCAACAACAUCAUCAAUUCUUCGAAGAUCACUUUCACGUCGACAAAGUGAUGUUCCACCAUGUAAUGCUAUUGAAGGUUUCGAAUGUAAAUGUUCAUUUUUUCGUGUAACAUGUACGACUACUCGUGAUUUUCCAUCACCAUUAAAUAUUUUACAAAAUGAAAAACAUAAAUAUCAAUCAGUUGAAUUAGUUGUAGCAGCUGCACGUGAUAUUCAAGUUAAUGAGCGUACAUUUGAAUCGAUUAAAGAAUUAUAUAAACCUGAUGGAGAUAAUUUUGAAUUUCGUAUUAAAUUUGAAAAAUUUACUGGACUUCGUUUAUCAACACCUGGAGUAUUUAAUCGAGUAUUUCCAGAUAAUAUUCCACCACAUGCACGAAAACAAAUUGCAUUAGAAGUUUAUAAUCCAGAAGUAGCACCAAGUGAAAGUCCAUUUUUAUUUCAAAAUUUAAAUGUUGAUACAUUAGAACUUUAUGCAUUAUAUCCAUUUCAUGGUACAUUUCAACAAUUAUUUGAUGGUGCAAAUAUAAAAUAUUUACGUUUAAGUGGUGGUGAUAUUCGUUCGGAUUUAUCACAACCAUUUACAGGAACAAUUGGCCGUUUAGAAUUAGCUAAACAAGCAAGCUCAUUAUCAGCACAAAAUUUUCCUGCUUAUCCAGCACAUGAAUUAAUCAUAAAUGCUUUUUAUAUAACUGAAUUUAACAGUGAAAAUCCACCAAGUUAUUCAAAUUUAGGCGAAUUACGUGUUUAUAGUCCUGAUCGUAUACCAGCAAAUGCAUUUCAACAAUUUCCUAAUAUUCAUACAUUAUCAAUAUCAACUGAUAAAGAUAUUGAUCCAAAUGCAUUAAAUGGUUUAAAUAGUUUAGAAAAAUUAUCAAUUAAAGAACCAAAACCAUCAUUAGCACUUUUAAAUAGUGUACCUAGUGUUAAAGAAUUUGAAACAAAUAUUGAAAAAUUAGAUGAAGAUGCACAAUGUCAAUUAGUUGGUAAAUUAGCUAAUGGACAAACUGCAGUUCAAGCUAUACCAAAUGGUCGUGAUUGUACCUGUACAGCUGCUUAUUUAAGUACAGCUGCAGGUCGUACACCAUGUGAUGUACAAGGUUGUGAACGUUCAUCAUGCGCUGCAAUAAGAAAUAAUUAUGAUGCAUCAAUACGCGCCUUUAAAGCAACACCACCUAUUCGUCGUGCAGAUGGUACAGAUGCUUUACAUCCACGUGAACAACGAGUAUAUUCAGCACCAUAUCAAGUAUCAGCUGGUGAUCGAGAAAAAUAUCAUAGAGCUGCGCCACCACAACAUGCACAACCUACACAAACAGAUGAUGAUAGUCAAAGACCUGGUCCUGAACAAGCUCCAUGGCAACAUGGACAACGACCAGACACUCAUCCUUCAUGGCCUACUUAUCCUGAUGCAAACCAGGUUGUUGAUACACAUGAUAAUGAAAAAUCAGAUUCAUAUAAUUAUCCAUCAGAUGUGCAAUAUAAUCAAAAUGAUCAAUCAAAAUGGAAUUAUCCAAAUUAUUACAAUAAUCAAGACGAUAAAUCUCAAUGGGAACCAACACCUCAGGAUAAUAAUCUUAGUGAUAAAACUCAUUGGGAUAGAACAAAUGAGGAACAAAAUCUUAGUGAUAAAACUCAUUCGGAUAGUACAAAUGAGGAACAAAAUCUUAGUGAUAAAACUCAUUGGGAUAGAACAAAUGAGGAACAAAAUCUUAGUGAUAAAACUCAUUCGGAUCGUACAAAUGAGGAGCAAAAUCUUAGUGAUAAAACUCAUUCGGAUAGUACAAAUGAGGAACAAAAUCUUAGUGAUAAAACUCAUUCGGAUCGUACAAAUCAGGAACAAAAUCCUAGUGAUCAAUCUCAAUGGGGACAUACAAAUGAGGAAAGCAAUCCUUCUGAUAAAUCCCAUUGGGAUAAUACAAAUGAGGAUAAAAAUCCUAGUGAUCAAUCAAAUUGGGAUUAUUCAAAUCAAUAUGACAAAAUUAAUGAUGUAGAAUCAGUAACAACGACAACAUCUUUAGCGUGGGAACAAGUAAAGGAUGAUAAUACUACGCCUGAUUCAUCCCUAUAUGACUCACAACCAGGACAAGAUCAAGAUGAUAAUCGUGAGGGUGAUGAUCAAACAAAAGUAAAUGACGGCGGAGAUAUGCCACAAGAAGACAAAGUUCAAGAAACUCAACAAGAUAGAGAAGGUCAUGAGCAUCAUUCUGAUAGAGACCGUCAUGAACAACAUCAGCCUACAGAAGGUAGUGAACAACAACCUGGUGGAGAUGGUAGUCAACCAAGUACUUCAGGUGAUUCAAAUACUGGUGGUGAAGGAACACCAUAUGGUGAUACAGAAACAGUAGUAGCACCGCCAAAGAAAGGAAUGAAUUGGUUACCAAUAAUAAUUAUUGUUGCAUCAAUUAUUGUUCUUAUUAUUAUUGGUUUGGCUAUUUUAUUUUUACGCAAACGACGUACUAAUAAAGGUUAUGGUGCGGCACCAACGAAUGAACAAGCAACAGGAGGAACAACAACUCGAUCAUAA